GGAUCCCUUGGAUGCAGCAGGCUGUGAACCCCUGGAGGGCUGCAGAGCCCUGGGAGCCCAGGCAGGUUGCAGAGACUGUACAGGACAGUGCCCGAGCCAAGGCGAUGUCACCUUGAAUGAUCGUUUCCGCUGGUCCCUGGGGCACGCAGCUGCCCAGCAUGGCAGGCAAGGAGACCGGGGGAGCUGCUUGGGGGAAGAUGAAUCUGUGAGCAAGAGGCAUCUCACCUGAACAGCCCCCCAACCCCGCUCCGUUCAACUCCUCACAUGCUGCAGAGCAGAGUGUAAACGAGUCAAUGUGUUCGUUCCUGUUUUGUUGGGUACUUCAUAACAGAUUGAUUUUUCCGGGACACUAAUUGCACACAGCUGAGUGCAUUUUCCAGCAAACUUCUCCCCAUCUGUGGGAAAGCUGCAAAGAUGCACUUAGCAGAGUACAAAAUUCUCUGUCUUGGGACAAUGCAGAUCCCAGGACAACUUAUGCUUUCAGUAUUUAGAAAAAAGACCCACGCAAAUGCCAAUCUGUAUAUAGAUAAAUUCCUGAUGCCCAGACAUCUAAUCCAGUGGGUGAUUACUGAGAUGCAGAUGGAGAGCCUGGGGGGCCAGGCAGACUUACAAAAAAUUGACCUGAGAGAAGAAACACACACAUGGAAAAUAUUCCCUUGUGAACAUUUUCAGACUUCUCAUUUGUUUGGAAGGUAAUAACUCUGUCUUUACUGAUGUACCCGGUGCUGAAGAGUCUAGGUCUUCAGCUGCACUCUGCAGUCACUGGCAGCUAUAUCUCGGGAACCCAUUCCAUUGCUUUCAUUAACUGUCCCAAUGAACAAGUUGCAAAGGAUAUUGCAAGGGCCAUUAUGGAUAAAAAGCUGGCUGCCUGCGUGAAUAUCCUGCCGAAGGCCUCGUCUAUGUAUUUUUGGGAAGGAGAAAUAGAAGAAGCCACUGAAAUACUUCUAUUAGUGAAAACAAGGACGUCAAAAAUAAGUGAAUUAUCAGACUACAUCAGAUCCCUGCAUCCUUUUGAGAUUCCUGAAUUUAUCAGCCUGCCUAUAGACCAAGGAAACCCCCUCUAUUUAAAACGGAUUGAAGAAGGUGUCUCCGAUGACUAGCUGGAAUGCACCGUUCUGUCCUUCUCCAGACAUACCCAGCGUUUCCUUCCUGUCAGGGGUAGAGGACAUUUGCUUUGGCGCUCUAGUCUUCUCUCACUGCAGGCGGGACUGGUGCAUACAUACCGAGGGCGAUAAAAUCCAAGGGAAUGUAGGUCGUACAAGUGCCUGGGAUUUGGAAUUUGCCUCCUACUUGAAAUACAAUUUAACGGACACUCCUCAUUUGUGUAAACCUACGUUCUACUGAGCAUUUAGCCACACAUCGUAAGUGGAGCCCGAAGCAGAGAAAGGGCACAUGUUGUCCAAGAAUAGUUCCAAAGUUGUGAACAGCGGAGUUUGCAAAGGUGUGUGUGGUGGGAUGUGAGCUCCCAGGGAGACUCUGGCUAUUUAUAGGACCAGAGGGUGAAAAUGCACGACAGGGCCCCAGCAACGCAGUCCACGGAGAAGGACCAGAGUUCCAGUCCACGGGCUGUCAGGGGUUGGUUGCACUGCAGAGGAAGCAUACGCAGCCCCAGUGACGGUGAGCAGGGAUGACCAUUGGUCUGUCUGCCCCCUGAAGAAGGGUUGCGGCAAAGUAGGGGAACCAAAGAUGGGGAAGGUCCUGCCGAGCCCUCUGCCCCCCGCCCAAAUGAACGUAAAUCAGGAUGCAGCAAAACAUCCCAUGAUGCACCAGCUCACAUCAUCUCCUGCUGUGCAGCACCAUUUGCAGCAACAUGUUGCUUUGUAUCCUGACAGGGCAGCCGAGGCAGUUUACCAACAGCCAGCCAUUCAGAGUGCGGCCCACUGAGCAUUUGUGAAAGGAUCCCAGGCAGCGCAAACAAGGACCCACUGGGGUGGGACUGGGGGACGCAGCUGACAAUAGCCUACUGCUUCUGGGAAGAGCACAAACAGUUAAUGCUCCCCAGAGCGUAUAGCGAUGCCUAAAGGCAGCAGGGAUCCAGUGCAGGCCUGUUCCAACAUUGCCAGGCUAAGGAGACAAACUGACAUACCUGGUCCCAACAAAAGCUUCCCUCUGACUAAAGCAAACGCUUUCUCCCUUGGCAGCCUGUAACACUGCAAACAGAGGCACAGGCUUGUAAAUUAUGGGGCACUAUGUAGUAAUUGAUGUGUCCGAGACUUAAUAAACAGACGCGUUUCUUACUCCUGA